AUGUUUUCUUGGAAACAUGAAAAGGACACAACCAAAAAGGUGUAUUAUUUUUCAUCGGCUCUCACUUAUUUGCUAGGUAUGGUGAGCUCAAAUAUGGCGCUACAAUGGAUAAACUAUCCAACACAGGUCGUAGGCAAAGCUGCUAAACCCAUACCUGUAUUGAUUCUUGGUGUCCUGCUCGGCAAGAAAGUGUACCCUCUAAGAAAAUACUUCUUUGUAUUGCUAAUUGUAACAGGAGUUGUAUUAUUUAUGUACAAAGAUCAGGCGAGGAAGGUGGUUGAUGAAUCACAAGGUUUCGGAAUAGGCGAACUUCUAUUAUUUUGUUCAUUGACAAUGGACGGCUUGACUGGUGCUGUUCAGGAACGUAUAAAAAGUGAAUCAUCGCCGUCAGCUUAUGCAAUGAUGUUAAAUACAAAUGCAUGGUCCUCCAUAAUCUUAAGCAUCGGAGUAUUGGUGACUGGCGAAUGUUUUACCUUCAUUGCGUUUGUCAAUCAGUACCCAGAAGUAUUGAUGUGGCUACUAGGUGUUGCACUGAUGGGUGCUUUAGGACAAUUGUUUAUAUUUUUCAUGGUAUCCGAAUUUGGUCCAUUACCGUGUUCUGUUGUUACUACAACAAGAAAGUUUUUCACAGUGUUGGCAUCUGUGAUUAUAUUUGGCAAUGUUCUUAUAUUAAGACAGUGGAUUGGUGCUGUACUUGUCUUUUCAGGACUAUUUCUGGAUAUUAUAUACAGUAAAGGUAAAACGAAUCCAGCGAAAGCGAAAUCCAUCAAAUAA